AUGGAGCACAGACCUGUCAGCAGCCACAGGGAAAAUGUGCCCCCAAGGCCUGCGGGUUCCCUGAAGCCAGAACAGUGGACACUCCGGAGGAGCCUGGAAGUCAGCCAGGGCUGUGGACAUGGCUGGCAGGUGCCUGUGUGCCAGGCUGUGUGCAGAGGGCCCACUGCCAUCCCCUCCUCAGGGACAGUGCUGUGCCAAGAGCCCCGCCAAGUCCAGACCAACCUGGUCAACUUGAGUCCCCACCUGGGCCUAGCCCUAAAGGACACAACUGAUCCUGGUCAGUGGAUCAAUUCAAGCUUCCUGCAGCAGAGCAAUGUGCACCCAUGGGCUGGGAGGCCCUGGGGAAAGGCCCGAAAGCCCACUGUGCAGCAGAGUAACCUGGACCUCAGUGGGACCACCGGUCCCCACCUCCAGGAUAGCUUUAGACAGCGGACUCGCCUGUCCCACUGCCUGAGGCAGGUGUCCCCAGCCACAGAUGUCCCCAGCCCUGACUGCAGCUUCACUGUGUGCUUUGUGCCUUUUGAUGGGUGUGCACAGCCAGGCCCCAAACCCUGGCGUGGUCUGGGGAGCAGGGCCUCUAGGCCUGUGGGGGAGCCCCUCACCUUGGAGGACCUGACUGUCCCUGCCCAGAACCAAGGUCUGGACCCAUCUCCCACUGCUAUCCGUCAACUGCUGGCCUCUGUGAGCCACCUGGAGCGCAAAGUAGCCCAUCUUGGGUACCGGGCAUUCCAGGAUCCCCCAGGUCUUGUACAGCAGGACCCUGGCAGUAGCCAGGCACCCCCUUCCUAUCCCCAUCCCUGCCAGCCUGUUCUUGCUCCCUGGGAUGAAAAGAAAAGAUGCACCCGAAGCCCCAAAGAAACUGCCUGUCUCCUAGAGAUGCCAGAGGGCCAGUCUGGACUUGCAGACUCCCAGGCACAGAGCCAGCCAGUGUCGCCCAAGACCACCUGGGGGAUGAACAAAGCCCAAAGUGUUGGAGCUCUGGAACCCCAGGCAGCUUGCCGACAGCUGCUGUCCAGAUGUUUCAGAGCCUGGAGGCACUUGGCACAGAGACAGCGGGCAGUGGCUGCGGCUGUGACUCUGAGCCGCAGGCAGCCCUUGCGGAAAGGCCUCCAAGCACUGCGGUGGGCCCUGUGGAUCCAGGAGGCCCAGCUGGAGGUGGCAUGGGGGCGACACAGGAAGGCCCUGCUGACCCGGAGCUUCCGAGAGUGGAGACGCCUGACUCUGCAGCAGAAACAGAGGCCACCCCACACCCCGGCUGCGUCGGGACGCCCUGCUUCUGGGGGAGGUCAGGGCCGAGGCCCCUCCUUGGGAAGAAAGGCCACCACGCACAGAGAUGCAGGGAACCUGAGGCAAGCAGGGGGAGCCGGGCCGGUGCCACUGCAGCCUGGGCAGCGACAAGACAGUGGAGAUGAGAGAGUCCAGAUCGUUCAGGCACUGCAGCGCCUGGCAGGUGAGAUGCCUUGGUGCCAUCAGAAGGACCAAGCCAGGCAGAAGAGGCAGGUCCUGGUGGAAGCCCCCUGGGCCACACAGAAGACUCAGAGGACAGGGAGCUCCCCCCAGGCCUGGUGCCCAUGUGCUACAGAUGGCCCAGCAGCCUCCGGGCCCCAGAGAGCCUGGCUGUGCAGGUGCUUUGGGGCCUGGCGACAGUUCAUGCACAGAGGGGCUCGGUGCCGGGACCACGUGGCCAACUGUUGGGUGAGGACCCUGAGGCAGUGCCUGAGACAGUGGGUCCAAAUGAAGCAGCUCCAGACCUCAGAUGGGGCAAAGGUGACACAACUUGCCCUCUGCUGGCAGAAGAUGGGGAACAUGGCCCUUGGCAACUCAGCUCUGGGAGCGACCAGAGCCCGUGGCUUGGGGACAGUGGCCCAGGCCUGGGAGCCAGGCCAGAGCUCCCUACAAGAAGCCUGCCGGAACUUGGCCCUGCAACGGGCCCUGCAGCUCUGGAGGUUACGGCUCCACCAGCACCAGCAGGCCACCUCCUUCCUUCAGGGCACGCAGCAGCAGAUGCUACGGAGCAUCUUGAACUGGUGGCACUUGAGGGUGUGGGGUCCAGAUGCCCCAUCAGUCAGCAGCAAGGCCACCUUGGCCCCAGAGCCAGGGGUCGGUGGCUGGGGAGGGGAGGCCAGACUGGAGAAGGUGAGGGGCAGGGCCUGGGCAUCCCAUGGGCAGCCUUGGAGGCUGCAGGGGCGGUGUCUUCUGCCCUGGCAGGUGCAGGCCCAGCAGUCCCUGGGGACACCAAGGUGGUGCCGGCGUACCCUCCAGAGGUGCUGGAGUCACUGGACAACAGUUCAAGGGGUCUGGAGAGAGCUGGCUGCCCACUGGGCACGAGACCAGAGCUGCAGGGCUGCCCUGGUCCUGUGGUGAAGGCGACUGGCACAGUGGCAGGAGGCAGAGCGGUGGGCGCAGGAGCGGGGCCGAGGACUGGUGCAGGGUGCCCUGCACUACUGGCACUCACGCUGGCAGAGGCAGCACUUCCUGCAUGAACAGUGCCAGAGGUGGGGGCAGGUCCACCUCCAGGCCCUGCAGAGGGCUGGGUUCCAGCACUGGCAGCGGGCAGCGGCUCGUCAGAGACAAAUGAAAAGCCAGGCCCCUCCUCUGUUCCUGUUUUGCAGCUACUUCCAGGCUUGGUGUCAGUUUGUGAGAGACACAGUGGUGACCCGGGCCCAGCAUGGAGCCUUCCAGGAUAGUCUGUGGGGAAGAGCACUAGGGGCUGUGUUUGCCACCUGGCGGGAGGCUUCCUGGGCGCAGGAGCAGCGUGUGGCCCGGGCUUCCGUGGUGCACUGGAGAAGCUGUUUGCAGCAGGGCCAAGCAGACAGGCAUUGGAGGAGGGCCCGGGCCUAUCAGGACUUCAUGGCAUGGCGAGUUGCCCUGGGCAGUCGCUGUGAGGCCCAGCAGCAUGCAGAAGGGAAAGCUUGGGCAGGCCUGUGCUGGACCACGUGGGUGCGUGAGUCUAGCCUUGGCCAGGGCAACCAAGCCCAUGAUGCCCAGCAGCUGAGUGCCAGGGUCCUAGAGACCUGGGCACAGUCAGCAGCCCGGGGCCAGGUCCAGCAAGUGGUCAGCACCCAGCUCCAGCAGGCUGGGCUCAGGCGCCUCCUGCAGACCCACUGGGCUCAGUGGAGGGCAGUGCUGCUCAGAGUGCGGCUGGAACUGAGGACUCAGGUCCAGGGGGCCAGGCUUAGGCACUGGCCCAAGCUGGCCAGCAGAGGACGUCUCUUGCUGCUGAUGGACACCCCAGCCCCUUGGAAACAGACCCACAGCUGCUGGACACAGGGUGCAGGGCCUGUGCCAACAGGGCAACACAGCUGCAGUGGACAGAAGACACAGAGGGACACACCCACAUCCCGGGCUCAGUGUAUGAGAGCAGCCCCCGGUGGCUACCAGCCCUCAGGCCAAUCCUUCCAAUGUCCUAAUCCCUCUAAUGCUUUGGGUCACAAGGAGGAAGUACCUACAGCACUGGCGUCUUGAGGCUCUGCUUCACAGGUUCCAGACUUCCCAGCAGGCCAGGGUCCUGGCAGUGACGUGGUAGAGCUGGGUACACACUCAAGGGGUGGAGCGGCUGUCCUGGGCCCUGGUGCGUGGGCUUGGCCCCUCUCCACUCCACCCUGCAGAUGCCCCAGGGUGCAUUACCCUCUUGAUCCUAUCCUCAGCCUAACCCUAGAAACAGUCUCUCAAGCUCUCAGACAGUGGCAGCUGAGGCAGGCCUGGAGCGUGUGGCAGAGGCAGGUCCUGCAGCUGCAGGUGACCAGGCGGCUACAGCAGGAAGAGGACAGCUGGGUCCUUUCCCAGUUCCAGGCCUUUGAGAAGUGGCACCAGCACCUAGCAGCCAGGAACCCCAGGAGAGAAGCCAGCAACAAUAUGAGUCCCCUGAGCAGGCCAGACCCCAGGAUCCCUGGAAGCAGGCCAGCAACUGCAAGCCCCAGGUGUGGUGGGCUUGGGGCAGAGCAAGGGGCCCAGUUGCAGCUGCAACUUGUUCCCAUGUUAUAAAAAAC